AUGGAAGGUGAGGCAGAUCGAGGGGAGUGGCUCGUGGCAGUCACCUCGACGGCGUCCUCGCCGUCCACCGCGGUGUCGUCCAAGCACGGCGGCGGCGGCUACAGGAUCGUGGGCGGGCCCAACGGCAAUGCCGUCGCGCCCGCCACCAAGUCCACCAUCGUCGAGACCACCGUCAAGAGGGUUAUCUUCGAUUUCUGGUUCCUGGCGCUCCUCGUCGUCGCGGGGUCAUUCGUCGGCUCCCUACUGUGCUUCCUCAAUGGUUGUGUCUUCAUCAAAGAGGCAUACCGGGUUUACUGGUCGAGCAGCGGCAGCCUGCGCCCUCCCGCGUGCAUGAGAGCCUGA